ACAGGGUUGAUUAGUUAGUGUUGGACAAACGGUGCGUACGGUUCACUUACGGUAGACGUUAAACGGUAAAUUCAAGAAAAAGUGAAAUAGAAUAAAAAAAAAAUUGCAGAAAAACAAACGAGAUUUUCCAUACAAAUUCUUCACCAAAAAUGUGUGCCUCUCCGCACAACAAUGCGCUGCUAAUGCUCGCAGUGCUUUCCACCAGCCUCGCACUUUCAUGGCAAUACACCGUCGCACAAAACUACAGUAGCGGCAUCCUGCGUAUGGCGAAAGCUGCGCAAAUACGCGCCUACAUCGAUACCGACAAGGAUACCUGUGAUGACUUUUAUGAGUUUGCCUGUGGCAAAUGGCGUAAAUUGCAUGCUGCCAGCAUGAGCAAGCCAAGAACCGCCUAUUUAGAUCAAUUGCAGGAUCUGUAUGUGCGUAAGAGCGCUGAUAUGCUACAAAACGGACGAGAGUUGGACGACUCUGCGGAUCGUAAGCUCACGCAAUUCUUCGAAUCUUGCCGCAACGAGGUGGCCCUAAAGCAACUAGGUCUGGAGCCAAUUAAAAAGUUUGUCGACUUUCGUGGCGGCUGGCCGGCAAUACAAUCGCACAGUUGGUAUGAGUAUGAGUUUGAUUGGUUGAAGAUUGUAGCCGAGUUGCGGCGGCGUUUGGGCGUAAAUAUACUGAUUGGCUUGGAAGUGGUGCCGGAUUUUGAAGAGGAAGGCAUGAAUAGGCUAAAGCUUGGUGCACCGCAGCUAAAAUUGGGUAGCAAGCAAAUCUACUUGGACAGUAGCUAUGAUGACGAACGAGAUGACUAUAAAGAUGACAUAGUCGAAAAAUUACACAAAUACUUGCCAGAAAUGGGCGAACAAUGGGCGGAGGAGGUGGCACAACAAGUGCUGGAUAUUGAACAACAUUUGGCUAAAGGUCUACCGGAUAAUGCGCAACUCACGCUGCAGCAGACGACGCGUCAGCGUUUCGUGAGCGAACUAAAGUCCGCUUAUGGCAAUUAUGUCGACCUCAAUCGCUACUUGACGAUUGUCGUCAAUCAGACAAUUUACUCUAAGGUCUAUGAGACACCCGAAGAGUACUUGGGCAAUUUGGUUGAGGUUAUAAGGGAUACGCCCAAAUUGCACAUUGCCAACUAUACAAUGUGGCGUGUGCUGGAUCAUUUGGAUUUCUCCGGCGAAAUUAAUACGCCCAACAAUGAUAAUUGGUGCGUACGCAAGAUCAUCUCUUUUCUACCAGCGCAUUUGCAAGCCAUGUUCAAUCGAAACUACAACAAUAUAUUAAUGGUAAACGAUUUGCAAUCGACUUGGGCAGAUAUCAAAAACAACUUCCACGACGAGCUUGUCUCGUCGGAUCUCGAAUGGAUAUCGGAGAGCACGCGGCAGCAUGCUGUUCAGAAAUUGGAGAAGAUACGUCUGCGUUUAAUAGCGCAUGAAGAUACAGAACUUGCCGAUCAGCUACGCGACCUCGACUUACAUGCUGGUCAAUAUUACAGUAAUUUGAUCAACAUACUGGAAUGGCAUACACAGCACGAGUUACAAGCGCUAUUCUCCAAACCAAAGCCCACGCAGCAAGAGGUGCGCCUGCCACGCUACAAUCCCACGAGUAAUAACAUCGAAAUACCAAUUGUGUUUCUGCAGUCACGCUUCUUUUGGGACGCUGAGUAUCCGCAUGCGCUGCGCUUCGGCACGCUGGGCUUCUUGCUGGCCCACGAAAUGUUGCGCGGUUUCGAUGCCUCCGGUCGCCGUUAUGAUCAGCAUGGCUAUCAGCGUUCGUGGUGGGAUGCGCCUUCAACACAGACUUACGAUGAGACAGCGAAAUGUUUUGCUAAAAAUCAUUACAACAAUUUUCAUUACCGUAAUCAGAACAUGUUUAGCGCCAAGGCGGAGGAGCAGAGCAUUUUGGAUAGCGGCGCUCUGGCGAUUGCGCAACGCGCCUAUCAGAAUUGGUGGGAGAAUGUCGCCGACCGGGAGGAUGUCUUGAGCAAAGAGACACUGCCGCUGUUAGACUACACGCCGGAGCAACUAUUUUUCAUUGGUUUUGCUCAGCAAUUUUGUGUGGAUUAUGACGAGUCGCUGCCGAAAUUUUAUGAAACACCAGAGCCGUUGCGGGUGAACGGCGCUUUAGCCAAUCUGGCUGAUUUUGCGAGUGAAUUUAAGUGUGAAAUGGGCAGCAAAAUGAAUCCACAGAAAAAGUGCGAAUUAUUCUAAAUAUCAUUAAUAGAUGAAAUGUAACGAUAUUUAAUUAAUUUUAAUUAUUUUAUGCUACAAUUUCACUAAGUAGAAAAAGCGGAGCGGUACUAACCAAAUAAAUUUACAUAUUAAACAAACUAUAUAUAAUAAUAAUACGAUCACAAAAUUAUAUUUCUCACAACAAUUAUACGAGUCUCCGAAUAAAAGUGCAUAAAUUCUCUAGUUUAUAAUAAACAAACAUAGGUUUCAUUACAAUUUGUUAUUAACGUAAGUGUUUAUAUAUAAUUCAAACAGCUGUAUAUACAAAUGCAAUACGAAAGUAUUGGUUUCGAGAACUAAAGCAAGGCGUCGGAAAUAUAGCGAUAACCUCUUUGCUCUUUUCAUACAUAGCCUU